AUGCCAAUGAGCAAUAUUACACUUCAAGAAGAUCAAACGCCUUCCACUCCGGAGGAAAUGUCGCAAGAUAACACUUCAACUUUGCUGGAUCCAAAGCUAGAGGUCAUAGACGCAAACUCUCCACUUUUCUUUGUACCUCAGUCUCUUAAUAAUCGGCCCUCGGAAACCGAUUCACAAGGUUCACACAUUCACCAGCCUGUUUUUAACUCCAUACCGCUAGGUGACAUGCACCAACAAAUUAACACAUUUAUGCCUCCCACGUUUUCAACGGGCAUAACCAAUUUUAAUCAGAGCGGCGAAAAUUACAUAGAGUUUAUCAAUGGGACGGACAACAUGAUUCUGCAAAUUCGAGUUCUCGGGGUCUCACAAUCGGGUGCAAAAUCUCGCGUAGAAACGCAAAUAAAAUUGUGCCUACAGCUUGUCACCGACAAAGGAGAAAAAGUUCCAUUGUGGUCGCAUUUACGCCUGCCUGAAUAUAUGGUAGCCAAGGAGAAGCUUAAAGCGAAAAACGCUAGAAAUCCUUCAGAUCAUGCAAUGAACAUUUCAGAGAAGGGUGUAUUGAACCUGGAAGCAACCGUUGUUUGCGCUAGCGAGAUGCCAAAAAAAGUUCUUACUUGCAUCGGAUGUGUGCAGCGAGAGCGAAAAAGGUCUCAACGAAAAAAGGAAAACAAGCAUUCGAAGGCCAACACAAACGCUCCCCCCUCCAGUGAAGAUACCAAUAAACCCAUGGAUUUGGACGACGAAAAGACGAUGCAGCUAGAACAACGGAAGAUAUUAUUAUUUAACUGCAGUGAAAUUGUUGACUUUAGUACCUGUGGGAUGUCACCACCUAUAAUGAUAACCGAUGACCACAAAUCAUCUAAGACAAAAGUAGGCGUCGGACGAAAACGCCUGCGAUCCGAAUACGAUCGUCGUCCUUCGACCGUUCCUAGCAACCUUAAUAAUACACUUAAAAAGCUCAAUAAUGAGCAAAGUGCUCGGCCAUCAUCAUCCACCACCACAUCUACCACCGAAACAAAUGCACUUUCACCAUUACCAAUAAUACCGUCGAACGCUGAUUUAUCCGAUGCACCAUCAUCGCCCGUUUCCACGAUUCCCCCUCAAAGCUCUAAUAUGUCGCUGCAGCGUCCUAUAAUAAAACAGGAGGAAAAUUGUAACGUCAUUCAACAACAAUUGCAAUUGCAGCCUCAACCGUCUACGUAUCACCUAUCUCCGCCUCCCAUCUCUCCGAUAUCUCCUAUGUCUCCGGUCACGCCUCUCACAGUCAGCAUACCAAAUACACCGAAUAUAUCGCAUGCUGCCAUCCCCACGUCAAACUCGCAAGUGGCCUAUUCAUUGGCAACUAUGUCGCCAACAACGAUUGGCUGUUUGAGUCCCAUUUAUCAACACCAACAACAACUACAUCAAAAUAUUAGUAACGCGAAUCGUUUUAACAUUGCAACCACUCAUCAAGGCGGUGGAGGUCCCAUGCGAAUACACGGGUCGCAUCACCACCAAAACAAUGUAUUAAGGAGGGCGUUGUACACUGCUGGUGGGAAUGCUCAGGACCCACUUAUGGAGGUGUGGAAGUUACCGUUCUCGGGAGCAAUUUUUAUGGGACUUACAUGCGUAUUCGGAGAUGCGCCUGCCAUUCCAACUCAAUAUUGGUCACCAAAUACUUUGGUGUGUCUUCUGCCCCCUUGUUCUACUCCGGGACCUGUUGCUGUGAGUUUCAAGGAGCACCCAAUAAACUUGCUAGAAAUUCCUGAACAAGAAAUCGUCCUUUUCUCUUAUGUUGAUGAUUCUGAUCGGGCUUUGAUGGAAUUGGCUCUCCAGGUCGUUGGCAUGGGAAUGACCGGGCAAAUAGAAGAUGCACGAAACAUCGCCAUGCGCAUUGUAGGAAGCGCUGAUAACUCAUCAAGUCCCGGCGGCAGUGGUACAAACGGGAACAUAAAUGGAAUCAAUCUUUCCUCGUAUGCCCGGCAAAUAUCAACAUCCAACAAUCUAGAGGAACAUAUAAUGGCAACAAUUAACUUAAUGGACGCCGUCGAAACCGAAUACGACAGUUUAUCCCUUCGAAAUCGUCAACAACAUACCAUGUUGCAUCUGGCGGCUAUGUUGGGUUACAGGAGGUUAUGCGAGGUCCUUAUUGAUAAAGGCAUCUCAGUAGAUACACAGGACAAAUACGGAUUCACUGCUCUCCAUUAUGCCGCAUGGACAGGAAAGAUUGAUAUUGUUAGACUUCUCUUGAUGGCCGGUUCCAGUGAUAUCAUUCCCAAUUUUAAUGAACAGCAUGCUUCGGAUUUGGCCAUGUCAAGAAACUUUGAUGAAAUAUUCGCUCUAAUUGCCGAUUAUCGAUUUCAUGACUCUGGAGUUUCUUUGUCUCCAACUUCUUCUGAAGAACAUUCCAUCAUUGAUUCGAGUGGUGAGGAUAGCUGGUAUAAUGACAGCGAGGAAGAUUCUGAUAUGGAUGGAGACGACCGGAAUAUUACACCCGCGAGUUCAGACAAUCUGGGGAAUGGUAUCAACAAUGGAGAAUCCUCCGAAUCCCUCGGUACCGAUAGCAAUGACACGCCUCAAAUUUCCUGGGUGGAUUCCAAAACUGCGAGCGAUUUAAUGCAUGAUAAAUUCAAUCAGGAUGAUGGAAUAGUGAACGCAGUGGUGGUUGAGGACGAAAAGAAAUAUUUGAAGCAGCCUCUAUCGGAGAUAGCCACCGAUCUUGCGACGGCAUCUACUAUUUGGCUUCAAAAAACUUUUGCGCACAUGCACAUGCCAAUGAUCACCGUUCGCAUCAAGAAGAAUGAGAAGAAUGGCUCAUCAAAAGUAAAAUUCAAGCUUCGAUGCUCGAGAUAUUUGUAUACCUUUGUUAUCGAAGACGCGGAAAAGGCCGAGAAACUUCAAAAAUCUCUUCCACCUGGUCUCACCGUCACCAAUGUUCCUCCCGAAAUUCUUAACAUGAGCUCCCCAAAGAAAAACCCACCAUCAUCAGCAACGUCAGAUAGCGAUUUAGAUUCGUUUAUAUCCUUACUUCCCCCUCCAAUUCCACAUUCUAGUUGGUAUGGGAAACUUGAAUCACUAAUAGGAUCCCAUCCUAAAGCGCUCGUGGGUGAAGUCGGAUUAGAUAAAUCCGCAAAGAUAACCCAUCCAUCUUCAUGUGAACUCACCCAAAUACAAAUAUCAAUUCAACAUCAAAUAUUGAUACUAGAGUUGCAACUAGAUUUGGCCGCCAAGUAUAAGAGAGCCGUGAGUUUGCAUUGUGUGCAAUCGACGGGACUAAUCACUCAAUUGUUGGAUCGCAAGGUUGCGAAUAAACAACCUCUACCACCGAGAAUCUGUAUGCAUUCAUACGGUGGGUCGGUCGAUACUAUCAAGGCAUUAACAGAGUCACAGCCAAAGAAGAAGAAAAAACUUCAAACGCAGGUCUACUUUUCCUUCAGCAUAGUCAUCAACGAGAGGUAUAAUAGAUUACCGGAUUUGAUUAGGGCAGUUCCUGAGGAUAGGUUGCUGGUCGAAUCGGAUGUUAAUUCUCCUGAAGGAUUGGAUGAUUUGAUGGAAAGGAUCAUUAAAAUCGUCAGCGAUGUUAAAGAAUGGUCACUCGCAUUCACUGUUGAGAAGUGUAGGGAAAAUUUUUUGAGGUUUAUCGGUGAAUUGGAGUGA